AAAGAAACAAGAGUCACUACAAGAAGCCAGCCCUAAGGCUCACUACUUAGUUACAGAAUGCAGAAAGAUUUGAAAAGUUGUAGUUCUGUAUGGUAUGGGAGCAUGUUUACAUUGUUCACCUUUAAGAAGUGAAAACGUCUAAUAAUUUGCUCAUCUACGAUUGUGGAAUGUAAAACUAAAGGGUAACCAAGAAGCCACAGCCCCUCCGGAAGCGAUGGCACAGCCCUACCCCCCUGCCCAGUACCCUGCGCCACAGAACGGAAUCCCAGCGGAAUAUGCUCCAGCACACCCGCACGCUACUCAGGACUAUGCUGGACAGACCACGGUACCAGAGCACGCCAUGACGAUUUACACACCAACACAGACGCAUUCCGACCAGCCUUGCACUGAUGCAAACACACAGUCCUUAACAGGCACAUCUACAGUACCGCAGACAGAUGAAGCCGCACAGACAGAUUCGUCACAGCAGCUACAGUCAUCAGAGACCACAGAGAAACAGCAACCCAAAAGGUUACAUGUCUCCAACAUUCCCUUCCGAUUCAGAGACCCUGACCUGCGACAAAUGUUUGGGCAAUUUGGAAAAAUUUUAGACGUUGAAAUAAUUUUUAAUGAGCGGGGAUCUAAGGGAUUUGGUUUCGUAACUUUUGAAACCAGUGCUGACGCGGACAGGGCACGGGAGAAAUUAAAUGGAACAAUCGUAGAAGGUCGUAAAAUAGAGGUAAACAAUGCAACAGCAAGAGUAAUGACAAACAAGAAGACCCCCAAUCAAUACACAAAUGGCUGGAAAUUAAAUCCAGUCGUCGGAGCUGUCUAUGGCCCAGAGUUUUAUGCAGUGACUGGUUUUCCAUACCCAGGGGCUGGAGCAGCUGUGGCCUACAGAGGAGCUCAUUUACGGGGGCGAGGUCGUGCUGUUUACAACACCUUCCGCGCUGCACCCCCACCACCACCCAUCCCCACGUACGGAGCAGUUGUUUACCAGGAUGGGUUUUAUGGGGCAGAAAUUUACGGAGGCUAUGCUGCAUACAGAUAUGCCCAGCCUGCUGCCGCUGCUGCCGCAGCUUACAGUGACAGUUAUGGCAGAGUCUAUGCAGCAGCCGACCCUUACCACCACACUAUUGCACCAGCUGCAACAUACAGCGUUGGGACCAUGUGACUCUGGCAUGACACAGGUGCACUGUACUAAAUGAAGGGCUCAGAAGCUGAAAUCUACGGAUUCUGGGAAUAUAGAACCUUGUGCCACACCUUCAGCAAACAAGAUGUGGAACGUACGCAAGUACUGCCAUAUGGAAAAGAAUUGUACGUUGUAUACCAUGUGUACGCUCAAACUCCUCCUUUUUAUAAUUCCACUUGUAUAUAGCCCUUUAGCUGCCACCCUUGUGCAAUAGAUUAUAACACACCCUGAUCUUCCAUCUUAUUGAAACCAGUGAGAAUGUCCUGGGGCAGUAACACAGCUAUCGCCCAGUUAAGUGCAUUUUUGUUAUGCACUAAAUCAUUCUUGUUGUUUUCAAUGGGAGUAAGAGGAAUUGACAGCUCUCAACAUAAAAUAGUGGCAAACAAAAAAUUAAGCAAAAGAAAUGUAAACAUUUCAAAAAUAAGACUCUCUUUUUUAGGACUUUCAGCGUCCUAGAAUGGAAACAGGUUGUGUUGUAUAAGAUUUUAAAACAGCCUGACGUUUCAGGACUCCAGAGGCCCUCAUUGCUCCCCUUCCCAUCCCUGGAUUCUGUGGUAUCCUUUUGAACUGCAGAACUGUACAGCCCUUGAUGUUAUGAUGCUGCCUUGGUCUAGGGUAUGCUAUUAUGAUGCUGAGUUAGUAAUGUCCUAGUUUCAGACCUAGGACCUUUCGCAUCUCAAAAGUUUGAAUAGUGCCCUCUUGGCCUAAGUAUUCCUAGCUCUGCCUGGCCUUUAGCGAUUCAGACUCCAAACUCCACAAAACUGUCACUUUUCCAAGCCAAACUGUCUGCAAUUCCAUCUCAAUCUUAAAGACUAUUUUGUUCAACCCUUGUCUCCUCACACUCUCUCAGUCCUGGAACUGCAUGUUGUUUAAUAUCCUGUUAGUACCUCAUGUGCUUUUAACUGUCUAUAUGCCGUUGGUUCCUAAUUUCUUGCUCUCUGCUGCUGCUCUGGUAGAUACCUGCUGAUUAGAGAGCUGUAGUUUAGA